AUGGGGCCCUAUGGCAAGGACAUUCACGCCUCCAAGUUUGGGCUCCCUAAGACCCCUAUUUACGCAGAAAUGUACAAGCACAUUAAGCCAUUGGGACCAGAUGCUGCAUUUGAGCUGUGCGAACCUACUAUUUGGUGUCGAGACUAUGGCUACGCUUUACUCCGGGUAGAUGUAAGGGGCAUUGGAGGUAGUCAGGGAAAACUCGAUCCCUUCGGUCUUGAGCGCUCUGAAAAAAUCCAAGAGGAUGCAGAGGGGCAAGAUCUCUAUGAUGUUGUCGAAUGGGCUGCUGUCCAACCCUGGUGCACAGGAAAAGUAGCUUUCUCCGGCAUCAGUUACUUCGGCAUGGUUGGCUACUGGGCUGCAAUGCAGAAACCCCCCGCACCUUGCCUGUGUCAUGUCAUACGAGUCCGCAUGCAGUCUUCCCACUGGUAUCACAAUAUUGUUGUUCCAUCCCAGGGUGGAAAACAUGACGGUGUUCUCACAGAAGAACAGUUGGAUGCCAACCGUGUGGAAUAUCCUGAGCUGCUCACUCAGACAGAAUACCCCACAGACGGUGCGUGGGCGGUGUUAGAGAAGAUCCGCAAGUUGUCGGAUAUUGAAGUACCAUUCUACUCCGCAGGGAAUUGGACUGAUCCUGAGCUUCAUUUACCCGGAAACAUCCGCGCUUUCAACGGUAUCUCAUCUGAAUAUAAAUGGUUGGAAAUGCAUACUGGAAACCACCUGGGCGCGUUCUAUGAGCCAGAUCAUAUUGCGUUUCAAAGGAAAUUUUUGGAUCACUUCCUCUUUGACAAGAAAGAAAAUGGCAUGCUCGAUGUUCCUCGCAUCCGGUUGUUACAGCACCACGGUACGGAAACUCUCUAUCGCGAAAACGAGGUUUCUUUCCCGCCCCCAGAUGCAGAGAACGUCACUUUCCACCUCACCCCAGAGAAGAUGUUGUCCUUCACCCCACCAUCCGGGAGCAAAGAGUCUUUUGCCUAUGCCGGAUUCAAAGAGUCUCUCCAAUUUCUCUUGGAAUCUCCAUUCCCAGAAUCAUUUGAGCUUUUGGGGUCACCUUUCCUCGAGCUAGAAGUUUGUACACACGCUAAAGAUCUUGAUCUCUUCAUUUAUCUCCGGGCUGUGGACGUUGACGGAAAUGUGAUCGUACUUCGUGGAAACCAUGGCGAGCCGAUGGACAGUUUCGCCCGCGGAUAUUUCCGUCUCUCGCACCGUGAUGAAGUUGCAAAAGACUUUGUUGAGGAAAAGGUCCUUGCUCAAAAACCCAUGGCACGCUCUGAAGUUACACAAGGGAAAGUUUACUCGGUUCUCGUUCCUCUGUACCCGGCGGCAUUUCUGUUUGACCAGAACCAGAGGUUCAGUCUCGAGAUCGGUUCAGUCAACACUCCUAGCACGAUUCCUCCGAUGCGUCAUGAAGGUGGCGAUAGGCUUCCAGAACGGUUUCAGGGCGAGAACGUCAUAUUUUCUCAUGGAAAACUGGUUCUACCCCGUGUGCGGCGAUGA